UCUUCUCUGGGGCCUCCUGACUCCUCAUGUCUUUCUCCAUGUUUACUUUCUUGAGACUUUCUGUCACUUUUUGAGCCUCUUCUCCGUCCCUCUGGCCUUUUGCCAGGGUCUCCAGAGCAGCUGUUUGUCUGCGCUCCAUCUCCACUGCUUUGAGCUGGACAUACAUUUGUCUUCUGACCUCCAACUUUCUCUCUUCCGAGGUCAGUUUAGUUAAAGUAUGGACAAGCUCCAUCUCAGCAAUGAGGUGUUUUCUAGAAGACAGUAAACACAAUUAAGGUUUGGCUUGGACCUCAAUUCUCGCGAGAUCUCGUUCACUGCUGAGUUCGUCUCCCGGAAAAUACCGUGAGCAGAAGAAAACUCGGCUAAGCCCCCCCUUUAUAAUCAAUCCUUGCUGGACCAGUAAACAUUUGCGGGAAGUCAUCUGUGAUCAAGGUUGUAGCCACACACUGAAGUUUCAGAACCUCAUCUGAAUCAUGGGGAACAUUUUUGGGAAUUUGCUGAAAAGCCUCAUAGGGAAGAAGGAGAUGAGGAUCUUGAUGGUGGGCCUGGAUGCUGCAGGAAAAACAACAAUCCUCUACAAACUCAAACUGGGGGAAAUAGUCACCACCAUCCCAACCAUUGGGUUUAACGUGGAGACAGUGGAAUACAAGAACAUCAGCUUCACUGUGUGGGAUGUGGGUGGGCAGGACAAGAUCCGCCCCCUGUGGAGACACUACUUUCAGAACACACAGGGUCUAAUCUUCGUGGUGGACAGUAACGACAGAGAGCGUGUUAACGAAGCACGAGAGGAACUGAUGAGGAUGCUGGCUGAAGACGAACUGAGGGAUGCAGUCCUCCUUGUGUUUGCCAACAAACAGGACUUACCGAACGCCAUGAAUGCCGCUGAGAUCACAGACAAGUUGGGCUUACACUCCCUGCGUCACCGUAACUGGUACAUCCAGGCCACCUGCGCCACCAGCGGCGAUGGCCUCUACGAGGGUCUUGAUUGGCUGGCCAAUCAACUCAAGAACAAGAAAUAAGAAAUAAACAGGAACAAGCAGCCGUCCAACUUCCCAUUUGUUUCUGGAACGGGGGCUUAGGUUAGGUACAGGAGAUUUGAUCAAUAGGUGAAAAGCAAGAUUCAGGGUUUUAGGGAUAUUUUAGGUUUUCAUUUGCAGUCUGUUUGACUCUAAGUAGUUAACAGCACUUAUUAGAAACAGAUUCUCAUGUACUUCAUAUAAUGGCACACAUACAUAAAUGCACAUUAAUCACAAGCAAUCACCGCACACAAUUGCUUUUCCUGUGUCCACCUCUUGUCCUUCGGUGCAGUGUACUGUAUUUUUGUCUCUAGGUGCUGUACCAAGUCAUGUGAUACUCCACUGAGUCAGCAAUGAGUCAAACAUGACUUCUUGUUGAUGUAUUUUGGUUUCAUCUGUCAGCUGUCCACCCAAAGCACUGUUCUCUGUCAGUUGCACUUCCUAUUUCUUUUGUUUUUCUAACAGAGCCAUGUUUGGGAACAAUAACAGCUGAUUCAUGUCACCUUGGUUUUACAUUUCAAUUUGUGAGCAAUGCUGAGGCAAUUUGUUUCUCAGAUAAAGUGUGAAAAUGUGUGUGAGUGUGCAGACAUUCUGUAUGUGUUGGUUUUAGUGGUCAGUAUUAGUGUAGAACAAAGACACCAGGAGAGGAGUUUCCCCUGUCCGGUAUCCUCUUACUGCUUCAUUUGGGAAAUGUUUCAAUAUAUGUGGCGUGAUCAUACUCCCCAUGUUUCUUAAGCGUCAAAGCCGCCAUUUUAAAUAUUUUUAAAGCGCACAAGACAUUCUCAACCGCCUGCAUGCGUACUGGUACAUCUUGCUGACAUUGUUGCAAACGUUUCCAUCCUGGGAGCUGCCUGCACGUCGAUGCUGCUUGUAGAUGUUUCGAACUGCUCUCAUUGUGUUCUGAUGCUGUUUGCAGUAGGAUGCUCCUACUUACAAUAAACCAAUAUCUGCAUUUAGUAUCAACAUGCGCUAAAUACAGUAUAGUCAGCUUUAAGCUCUUUUAAUGUGAAAGCAAAACACAACACUCAACACACAUGACCUGCUCAGCUUCUGCUUGUCUGCCCGUGGGAUGAGUACUCAAUCUGCAUCAGGUUGCUCUCUGUGUUUUGGUCUUGGACUUGCAUAUCGGGGGGUAAUAACUCGGUGUUACUGAAUGUGAAUAUUGUUGAUGAAUCUUUAAAUGGCUGUUAUAUUUAUUUGACAUUCAUAUUGCUUUUGUUUAGUGAUUAUUAUGUGAAAGAAAGCAGGGUAAGCAGAUAAACACAUGAGCGACGUGUGUCACAACUGAAACCAGCAGAACCGACAGACUUAUGUCAGUAAAAUAACUUCUCGUGUGCCAUACAUGGGUACUACUACGCGUAUACCAGUGACAGUACAACAUACUGUAAAUCCACCCCAACAUUGUGCAUAUUUUGCAUCUGUUUUAAAUCAUGAGUUUAAUAAUUUGGGUUUUGUGGUCUUGUAUCAAGUGUUGACUUCUGUUUGAUUUCCUUUCAGCUUGCUCGGUUCUGAUUUGGAGUCACAUUUACUAAUCUAUAAAGACUAAUUUACAGAUGUAUUUCUUUAUGCCCUCAUAAGGUGGGUUUUAUAUCAUAAUUUAAAAUUAUUAGCAAAGGUUUUCUGCUUUUGUUUUGUUCAUUUACGUCAUUCUUAAUCAGUGGUAGAUUUAUUUGGUUUUCUUUGGGGUGUAAAGAAACUUUUAUGUGUCUGUGAAACAAUGAUAAUCAGUGCAAAACAAAAACAUUAUGAUGAUUCAUUCUGUACCGUUAUAGUUACACAAGUAGAUUUAAAAACGCUAAAUAACAUGUUUCAAUGCUGAGUGCAAGGAGACAUGUGUAUGUGAUGUAAGACAAGAAGAAAAGUCCUGCUGUAUUACAAAUAAACCAUUUUUUCUGUAU